AGAAGUAUAUACGUGUAUAGAUUAUGGCCUAAAGGAUGAAUACUAUUAACAGUUGAACCAAGUUCAAGCAAAUACAGAGUUCAGUUAUGGAAGAAGCUCUGCUUCUGCCAGAGAAGAGGGAAACUUUGAGAAGAAGAACAUGGAAUGUCUACAUAGAAGCGAUGAAGAAGGUGAGUUACAUAGCAUUACCAAUGUUAAUGGUCAAUCUUUCACAGCAUCUUGUAAGAAUUGGGUCAAUGAUGAUGAUUGGGCAUUUGGGUGAACUCUCACUAUCUGGAGCUUCUGUUGCCACCUCUCUCACUAAUGUAACUGGCUUUAGUCUUGUUUUAGGAAUGGCUAGUGCUUUAGAGACUCUCUGCGGGCAAGCUUAUGGUGCUGAACAAUACAAUAAAUUAGGAAUCUACACUACUGGGGCUAUUAUAUCUCUACUUAUAGUUUGCAUUCCGAUAUCUAUACUAUGGUUAUUUAUUGACAAAAUUCUUAUAUUCUUGGGACAAGACCCUCUUAUUUCCAUAGAAGCAGCCAAAUAUUCAAUUUGGCUCAUAGCUGCAGUAUUUCCGUACGUGAUUUUGCAAGCAUUAAUACGGUAUUUGCAGACGCAAAGCUUGAUCCUUCCUAUGGUUCUGAGCUCUGUUGCAACUCUCUGUUUUCAUGUGCCUAUUUGUUGGUUAUUAAUAUUCAAGCUGAACGUGGGAAGUUGUGGAGCUGCAGUUGCAAUUGGUUUGUCUUAUUGGUUCAAUGUUUUACUGCUUGGUUUGUAUGUGAAAUACUCUUCGUCUUGCGAAAAGACUCGUCUUUGUUUCUCAUCAGAAGAAGUUUUUGCUAGCAUAAGAGAAUUCUUCCCUUUGGCUAUUCCUUCUGCUUGCAUGGUUUGCCUUGAGUGGUGGACAUUUGAGAUAGUGAUACUGCUUGCUGGUCUCUUGCCAAAGCCUCAGCUUGAGACUUCAGUGCUUUCGAUAUGCAUGUCGGUUGCUUCCACACUUUAUUUCAUACCAUUUUCCCUUGGUGCUGGAGCAAGCACUAGAGUUUCUAAUGAACUCGGAGCAGGGAAUCCCGAGGGAGCAAAAAUGGCUAUUAGGGCAACACUUAAAAUUUCGAUGGCAGCUGCGACAAUUUGCAGCAGUGUUCUUUUUUGUUCUCGUCAUGUUCUGGGAUAUGCAUUCAGUAAUGAGAAGGAAGUUGUGGAUUAUCUAAGGGAUAUGACUCCUUUUCUUUGUGUCUUGAUUGUAUCAGACUGCAUUCAAGCUGUACUUUCUGGAGUUGCAAGAGGAAGUGGGUGGCAGCAUUUGGGAGCAUAUGUUAAUCUUGGUUCAUUUUAUCUUGUUGGAAUGCCUGUAGCCAUAUUAUCUGGCUUUGUACUCCAUUUUCAAGGAAAGGGUCUUUGGUUUGGAUUAAAUGUGGGAAAUUUAAUGCAAUCUUUUCUGCUUUCCUUGAUAACAAGUUUUACAGAUUGGAAAAGGCAGGCAUCAAAAGCUAGGGAAAGAAUCUGUUAUUGAAUAAGUAUUGACGACUGAGACAGCUAGUACUUGAUAGCUAAGUCAAAAGGAAAACAUCUGUUUGGUUGUUUUAACAUACAGGGUGUUCGUCGGCCGGUAAGGUACGGUAUUUAGACAUUUCGGUUCGGUAUUCGGUUUCUUAAGAUGCUAUACCAAUACCGUACCUAAUUAAA